CCAAAUCUGAGAAAUUCUUGCAGAUUCAUUCAGCAGUUAUUUUCUUGGAUCUUUUAAAUUUACUGUACAUGAUCUCUAUUAGGGUUCUGUCAGCGACAUCACCAUACAUGUGGGCAGGCCUCGGGAGUGGUUUGGCUGUUGCAUUAUCAGUUGUUGGUGCUGCAUGGUAAUAUUUUUCAAUUUAAUUACUUUUGUGUACUGUACAAUAAUAUUGUGGUUUUCAAUCAUUUUCACUCUUUAAAUCAGCUUUUUGCAUGGUUAGUUUACCUAAUUUGGUCACACCCACCAUAUCGUAAGUGGGAGUGUGUCGCUAUCUCAAUCCAGUAUGGAUUAUAAUGGUCGGCAAUUGACUAUUUGAGUGCGUACAAUUUCCCGACUUUUAACUACAAACUUCCCCUGAAUCUCGUAUGCCUGGUAAUGGCAAUUUCAAGUUGCCCUGUAGAUUUCAUGCACAAGCUAACAUUAUGCCAUAGUCACUACUACUAGGCACAGUCCAUUGAUUUACCUUUGGAAGGGGUCAGAUUUCUCCACAAAUGUUCUUUCUGAAUAGCCAAUUGUUUUUUGGGUAAUGUUUUUUUUUGAAAAUAAAAUAUGGUGGUAGUGGUCGUACACCACAUUGCAGCAAUAAAUGUGUAAAUGUUUUAAAAAUUUUAGGGGAAUUUUUACAACUGGUGCAAGCAUUUUAGGUGCUGGUGUUAAAGCUCCCAGAAUCAAAACGAGAAAUCUUGUAAGCAUUAUAUUCUGUGAGGCAGUUGCAAUCUACGGCAUCAUCAUGGCAAUUGUACUGGUUCAAAAAAUUGAGGUAUUGUAUCUAUAUGUUUAUACAUACUGUAAAAUAAUGUACCCUCAAGCUAUUACUCUACUUUAUUUAAAGCCGCCUCUCUUAAGGUACCGUCACUUGCAACUAAGGAUGAACGGUCGCUCAUAAAAACAUUGCCUAUUCGCGUGGGAAUCUUCAAUGCUUGUCAAGAGCACUUGACAGGUUUUAAUCUGAUCAGUCAAUCACGUUCAACCAGCUCCAAGCUGAUUGGCUGAGCGAAUUGAAACCAUCAAAUGAUCAUCACAAACAUUGAACUUUCUCGGUAAAAACAUUGAACUUUGUCAUGAGAAUAGACAAUGUUUUAUCUGCGACCAUUCAUCCUUAGGGUUCCCAAAUGAAUUUGCAGUAACAGGCAUUUUGAAAGAAGUAGGCGGGUAUGUGGUGUUGGGUUUGAGGGCGUCUCCCUGUGGAGUGUUUGAAAUUUAGACCAUCUGAAAUGGCAUUUUCAGCCAUUUUUGGAGAGUAGUUUUGGAGAUUUUGUCAUAUCCAAAUAUUUAGAUAUUAAGCAUAUCAUUUAGAUUGUAGAAUUUAUAUGUUAUAAAACAGGGACGAAAUUUAAAUUGUUUUGUACUAUAUAGCCGGAAGGUCCGGAAUAGUAGAUUUUUAUAUUUACUAUUCCGUCUGAAAAUCCACUAUUCCUUAAUGUACUGUUUCUGUUCAUGCAGGGUCCGCGCUAAUGUUCUGAUUUUCGUGAAAUCAUCCUUGAGACUCCUAAAGUGAACUGAAUAAUUGAAUAACAAAAAAUAAACAUGUACAGUGCAUUGCUCUGUACAGUCAUGAAAAAUUAUUAAUAAAAAACAAAGUUCAAACACUGAAAUGAACUUGCGAACUUUGUUGCGAAGUUCGCGCCCAAUUUCCGAACUUGGAAACGUAAUUGGCAAGUUCGCAACGAACUUGGGCACCGCGCGUUGAAAAGUGACUUGAAAUCAACAAUAAUAUUGGUGCAAAGAAAUUAGAACAUGCAAGUAUUGCAAGCGAACAAGAACUUAGCUACGAAGUGGAACAGUGGCUCAAAGUCCGGUAUAAAGUGAUAUAUUAUACAAGAGGAUAACUCUUGCUUGUCGAUAUAUGGUACCACAAUUUUUUCUACUAUACAAACGGAAUACUGUGAUCAUCAAGUUUACUAUUCCGUCAGGCAUUUUAGUAUAUUCGGAAUAGCGGGAAUUUCGACCCCUGUAAAAGCAAGAAACCUUUCCCUUGACAUUUUCUGGUCAGGAGGAAAUGUUUUAGCAGCCACAUUUUCAGUUGUCAUGACUUAGCCUUGUGAGAACAAAUACAAACGAAAACCAUAAAUAUGAUAGAGUCAUUGUGACUAGUAAAUUUUGUCAAACUAUUUGAUCAGUCAAACACCCUGUUUAGUAUUGCCCUACGUUAAACUAUUACAGUAUCUUAAGUUAUUUUAUUGUUUAACAAUGAUUUUUCACUGCGUAUUUUAGGCUGGCGAUUAUACAAAUUUGGAUGAAGAGAAGACGAGACGUAUUUAUGGUGCAG